AUGACGCUAAGAGUUCUCUCGUAUGCGGGCCUGAAUGAUGAAGGCCAUGGCAGAUGGCGCGAGGGUCUUGCGAGGCUUCUAGACUCGUUUAAGUCCCUGGAGAUCCUUGAACUGAGGGGGUACUGGCCGAAUCGGGCUAACACGAUUUGCCGGCAUGCGGGGCUCGGAGAGCUUACGUCGCAUGUGGAUGAGAUUCCGGCAAAGAAACGCAGGGUGCUGAAGGCUGAUUUUGAGAGAAGUAGGGAGUGGAGGCCAUGGGACAUACCCCUCUCCUUCCUCACGACUCUAGCCAUCCGCUCCAAACACCCCCCCACCCUAACCCUACACCUCGAGCUCGGUCUUCGCGACAUCAAGACCCCACUCAGACCAAGUCUGUCCACCAUAAACGCGCUCAGGCUUGGUAAACUUUUCUUCAAUGCUCGUCGCCAGGCCGGGAUUGGGACCAGCAGCUCAUUCCGGCUUAUCCUCUGGACGGGACGGUCGUACCCUUGCCAAGGAGAGCCUGAGCGGGAUUAUACUCGGUUCGCGGAGGAGUAUAAGGCCAGGUACAGGAUUUCUUUGGCAGAUAAUGGUAAUGAUAAUGGUGAAGGGGUGUUGGAGGUAAGGAGGGUUGAGGGGAAGAGUUUGGAUAUUCGGGAGAUGGCAGUUAACCCUGCUGGGGUUUUUAGGGGAUAA